AUGGUCCUCGAACAGCGCGAGCCCAAUUUACAAGUGACGCCGAGGCGUAAGCGUGGUCCAAAGCCCAAGCCAAUUUCUGAGCGCAAAUCACAGCCAUUCGCCCCACUGCAAAGGAAGGAAGAAACACACUCUCCCGCCAAGCAGGUCCGGGUUCUUCAGUUUCUCAUUAACCACCGCAUUUAUGACCCAAAAGCGAAUACUAGGGCAACGUGGUUCAAGGUCAAGGAAAAGACCGUUCGCGGGUGGUGGAAGCGGCGAGACAAGAUCCUCGGUAUCAUCGCCUCAGAUCCCUCGUGGAGACCCUUCUGGCCGAAGCUUGAAGAAGAGCUAUUCAGACAGUUCGUUCAGCGGCGAUCAGAGAAGAAAAUCAUUACAGUCUCUUGGUUCCGGUCUACAGCUAAAUCCCUCUUCAAAGAGGUCUAUCCAGAACAUAAGCAGCUAUUCGCAUUCUCUAAUGGAUGGUUCUUGAACUUUAAGAAGCGGCACCGUAUCGUGAAGCGGCGAGUCACCAACCAAGCCCAGAAGACCCCGGCAGAGUACCGUCGCAUUGUCAAUAGCUUCCUUCGCUUCAUCUUACGCAACUCUCAAAGGAGGGCAUCACCAGUCCCUAUGGACCCUCCCAAAUACCCCUAUCAGCUAGGGGAAAAGAUCCCUGAUCUUCUCGACUCCCCAAAACGCCAGUUUCACAAUAACUGUAUCCUCAACGUUGAUGAAACACCAAUUCCUUUUGAAUACCUUGAUGGAUCAACCUACGCCCUCGAGGGUGAUAAGACUGUCUCCGGGAAGACCGAUAGAAGCGGCUGGAGCAAGAGAAAAGCGACUCUUCUACUGUCUAUCUUCGCUGAUGGACUGGGCCGUCUCAAACCAAAGCUCAUAUUCGAGGGCGCUGAACCACCGAAGGGGAAGAUCAUGCAGCGAGAAGGUCAUCUAUAUCAUCCGGGGGUUACCGUAGAGUUCAACCCGACGGCCUACAAUAACGAGAAGUUAUUCCUGAAGUGGCUGAACGAGGAGGUUAUCCCCUGCAAGAGAGAACACAGGGAAUUUAUGCUCGUUAUGGAUGUAGCGAGUUUUCAUAAGACUGACGACGUGAACGCGUUACUGAAGGAGUCGAAGAUCCUGCCGGCGAUGAUACCCCCGGGCUGUACGAGCCUUCUUCAACCGCUUGAUGUAUCUAUCAACAAGGUCUCCAAAGCGUGGUUACAGCAGUAUGCCGAUGAGUGGAUCAUAGAGAGAGAGAAUGACCCGGAUCGCAAUUCCAAGCAGUGGACCCCUACUGAGAAGCGAGUCAUGACAACCCACAUCGUCGGCCGGGCUUGGGAGCGACUUCUAGAGCGACCUGAGUUGAUUCAGAAGUCCUUUUCCACCUGUGGAAUUGGCUUACGGCCUGAUAGAAGUGAAGAAGAAAGGAUCAGCAUCAAAGACAUGAAGAAAGAAGAGAUUGACUUCAGCAACUGGGAAAUAGCUUCAAAUCCGGAAGAAGGAGAGGAUCAACACCAAGAAAUAGCUUCUACAUUUGAUGAUGAACAACUAGGCUUCCCAGAAGAUGACCUUAUUGAGUCUCUGACCUCUCUUUCUACAGAAGAGUUGGCACGGAUGGCUGUGGAGAAAGGAGUCACGGUCAACUUCACAAGGUCAGAUGUCAGGGAAGAACUAAUAAAUCGGCUUGUGGACUUUAGUACCUCCUCUCAGGGCGAAAUUACUAUGGAGGAAGAAGUCACUUUGUCAUUGGGGACCCCAUCCUCGAUCCAAUAG